CCUCAUUGUUCAAGUACUGUAGGCAUCAUGUCCUGGCAUGGUACGGGAGUGAAUUCGGCAACGUGAAGUGACACGGACAGAUCUUUGUUGGUUUGGUUUUUACACAUAGUUUCAAGGGCAUCAGGAAACGAAGAAGCGACUGGUACAUGUAGCGGCUGACCUGGGAAUUGUCUACGAGGAGUAAAAGCAGAGGAUUUCGGGCUACAAGAUGAAGGCAGGCGUGGCCAUUGCACUUGGCGUGGCAGCUUUCUUAGCGAUUGGAAUCAUUGUCCUCAUUGUUGUUUCUCUCAAGACGCUGCAAUCGGACGAGAUGGCUGUCAUGUACAACACCAUCUCUCGCGAGCUGUACGAGGAUGUCAAGCAAGAAGGCCUGCACAACGGUCCGCCGGGGUUCCAAUUCAUCACGUUCCCCUCAGUCUAUCGCACCAUCCAGUACCCCGACCUACGCUGUCUGAACAAGGAUGGGGUAAUCAUAUCGUUGAAUAUCGCCUUCCAGUACCAAAUCCAGUCCAGGGAUCUACGUCAGAUUGUGCUGCAGUUCCGAGACCAUGAGAACUUUGAGAAGGUCCUCAAAAGCACAGGCGAGUCAGCCAUUCACGAAGCCUGCAGUGACUACAACACUACAGAGUUCCAAGCUUUGCGGCAAAAUUUCCAGAACUCUGUCCGAGAGGCACUGAGUGCACGUUACCAGUACCUGAGUACCAACAUUGAUGACUUGCAGGUAAAUAACAUUGCCCGUCCAGCAGAGUAUGAGCAAGCUGUUAGGAGCAAGGAGGCUGCACGAGAGAACAUUCAGGUAGCAGAGAGUGAGCGGCCUCGCUUACUGACUCAAGCUGAGACAACUCUGAAGGAGGCCGAGAGAUCAGCAAUUAUUACGCUCAACAGGGCCAAUUCUGAAGCAAGGAUAGCACGCACAAGAGCUGAAGCGGAAGCCAAAGCUAUCUACAACCAGUAUGAGACAGAGGCGCAGACGUACGUCCAGAUCAUGCAGGAGCAGGACCUGGACACCUCAGGCUUCCUGGCCUACAUGGGCGUACGAACCAUUGGACUGGCCAAGAACCCAGUGUAUGCUGGUGUGGACGCGCCAGCCAAGACAUCAUACAUUGCUAAUCCGUAAAGACACUCCAGUCGGUCCUGCAGUGGUGGGGGGGGAUUUUAUGGAACUGCUUAGCUAAGAAAAAUACAUGCUGAGGAAAAUAAAGGGUCACCAGCUUAAGAGCCAUGUUAGGGGCAUUACGUGAGACUGGUACCCUGCUCACUAUUGCUUAGCUCAUAAAUCUGCUGAGCAGUGUUUUCUGCCAGCAGCUCCAAGGGCAGAUACAGAACCAAAUUUGGGGGGGUCAAAAAUGGCAUUCUUUACUGUAAGUUUUUAGGGUUUUUUCACAUACAAUUUGAAGGAAGGGAAAUGAUAUAGACCCCCCCAAAUUUCGUGGCAUUAGUUUUCAACGAAAUAGUUGGCUGUGGGUGGGCUUGACUUAGUUGACCCCUCUGCUUGGAUUUGCCUCAGAGCAGCUCCAUGCAAUAAGCCAUUUGCGAGUAUACCCAGCAAGAAAUGAGACCGAGGGGUACCCCCCCCCAACAUGUCCAAUCCCUAUACA